AUGGCCGCAGUAGAGACACUCCCGCCGACUGGCGUCGAGGCGCCUAAUCUGACGUACAAGCAGGUCCCCGAGACGGCAUACGAUCGUGAGUUCAGGCAACCUUCACUCCUUCACUCUUUUGGUAGCGAUUCUGCCGAUCUGCAAUUCUGUCGAUGCAAGCUGACCUUUUUUGCCCGCCUCCCAGUCGAAUGGGCCGAACUUGCCACGCUCGACCUGUCGACGUUCGACCAGCCCGGCGGCAAAGAGGCCCUGGCCAAGCAGCUCGAGGCCGCCAUCCAGUCCGUCGGCUUCUUCUACAUUGUCAACUUUGGCCUGAGCCAGGAGGAGGUCGACCGCCAGUUUGCCAUUGGCAAGUCUGUGUUUGAGCUGCCGAUGCCCGAAAAGCUCACGUACCGCGCCGACCUCGAGCACGGCGGCUACAACGGCUACAAGCCGCUGGGCCUGCGCGAGGUGACGCCCGGCAUCACCGACAACACGGAAAUCUACAACAUCCCCAAGUUCAUCCCCGCCCACGCCGAGCGGCCCCAUCCGGCCGUGAUCACGGCCAACCGGCCCGAGAUUGAGCACUUUGCCCGCCACAUCCACGACCACAUCGUCGGCAAGCUGCUCGUGCUCUUUGCCCUGAUUCUCGAGCUGCCCGAGGACGCCCUGACCGCCCACCACCGCUACGACGAGCUGUCCGACUGCCACCUGCGCUACAUGAAGUACCACCACCGCAGCGCCGCCGACAACGCCAAGCUCGACAACGUCUGGGUCAAGGGCCACACCGACUUUGGGAGCCUCACGCUCCUGUUCCGCCAGCCCGUCGCCGCCCUGCAGGUGCGCGGCUCCGACGGCGGCUGGCGCUGGGUCAAGCCGCUCGACGGCAGCAUCACGGUCAACGUGGCCGACGCACUGCAGUUUUUGACCAACGGCUUCCUGAAGAGCAGCAUCCACCGCGUCGUGGCCCCGCCGCCCGACCAGGCGCACAUUGACCGCCUCGGCGUGCUCUACUUUCUGCGCCCCGAAGACGCGCUCGAGCUGCGGCCCGUGCAGAGCGCCGUGCUGGCGCGGCUGGGCUACGACGCCAACGACGACGAGGCGGCCGUCGGCAUCACCGCGGGCGAGUGGGUCAAGGCGCGCGUCAAGGGCAACAUUGGCAAGGACGGCAAGCGGCUGCCCGUGACGGCGUCGGAGCAGGAGGUCAUCAAGGGCAAAUCGGCAAAGUACUACGACUAG